AGGAAGCGGGCGUGUAUAGGGGGCGGCGUGGGAGGAGCGAGGCGCCGCCAUCAGUCAAACACCUGACCCAGUGGUGGCACAGCACGUGGGUCUUUACGGGCCUCUAGUGCCACUACCACACACUGACAGUCAUUGACACCUAGGCACUGUGGUCCCCCACGCUUCUUAGAACACAUGCUACCUAGGAAUAAGCGACGACGUCUCCUUCCGAGGCCCCAGACGACAGAUGGGAAAAAUGACAAAGAUCCAGUGGAAGUCUCCUGUCGAAUAAAACCUCUGGAUAAUGUGGAAAAAGAACAAUGCAUAAUUGCUCUUGAUUCUCGCACUAUAAAGCUGACACCUCCGGCUACAAGCUUUGCCUUUCGAAAUGGAAAUGGCAAGGAGCAGUAUUACAAAUUUCAACAUGUAUUUAACUCUAAGGCAUCACAGAAACAGCUCUUUGACCAAGUUGCCAAACCUCUGGUGGCUGACUUACUUCAAGGAAAGAAUAGUCUUCUAUUUGCCUAUGGUGUUACAGGCUCUGGCAAGACACAUACCAUGCAGGGAACGCCUGCAGAUGGUGGUAUAUUACGAAGGACCUUGGAUGUGGUUUUUAACAGUAUAGAUAAGUAUAAGGCGCACAAAUGUGUUUUCCUACCUGAUCAUAUGAAUGGCUUUGAUGUUCAAACAGAAGCAGAUGCUACAAAAGUGCACAAGGCUCAGGUUACGGUCUGCAAAACACCUCGCACUCCAAAACUUAGAACAGUUGUCACACCUGCUCCAGAAACCCCACAGCACAUCCCAGAUGAGUCCAGAAUAGAUGAUCUAAAUGAGGAUAAUAUGUAUGCAGUGUUUGUGACUUACAUAGAGAUUUACCAGAACUUUAUUUAUGAUCUUCUGGAAGAAAGUCCCAACACAGGGCCCUCUAGCAGGGGUUUCCAGGCCAAGGUUCUGCGUGAAGAUGCCAGCCGUAACAUGUAUAUCCACGGGUGCACAGAAGUGGAAGUUACAACACCAGACGAAGCUUUAGAGGUACUGGUAAAGGGCCAGAGGCGGAGGAAAGUGGCCAUGACACAUCUGAACAUAGAGUCUUCACGCUCACACUCUAUAUUUUCCAUAAGGGUGGUGCAAGCCCCACUUGAUGCCCGUGGUGAAGAGGUUAUACAGGACAAGUCAACAAUGUCAGUGUCGCAGCUGCUAUUGGUGGACCUUGCUGGGUCAGAGCGCAACAGUCGCACUAAAGCUGAAGGGGCCAGGGUCAAGGAGGCUGGAACUAUAAACAACUCUCUAAUGACUCUGCGAGCAUGUGUAGAAGCCUUGAGGGAAAACCAGGCUGGUGAUGAAUGCAGGAUGGUACCGUAUCGUGACUGCAAGUUGACCCAUUACCUCAAGAAUUAUUUUGACGGGGAGGGAAAGAUAAAGAUGGUUGUGUGUGUUAACCCCAGUGCCAGUGACUAUGAUGAAAAUCAGACUGUAAUGAAAUUUGCUGAGCUAGUGUCAGAAGUGCAGAUUGACAGAGCGACACCACUGCCUCAGAGAGAUUUGGGCCUCCCUCCUGGACGUCGACAAGCCAACAAAUUAUUCAAAGAGAUAUACAUAAAGUUACAAGAAGAAAAUGUAAAGAACUUGGAAGUGGAUGUUAAUAUGAUUUAUAGGCUGGCCCCUGCUUGGCCCCCACUAAACUAUAAUGACAAUGAAUGGCGGGAAUUUUGUGACACCCUGAAGACCUACCUGAGAAUGAGAAUUCAGUAUAGAGAGAAGACUUGUGUCAACCUCCCUGAUAAAAUAGAAAGAAUAAGAAGUCGUAUCCUGGAGAUGGAGAAAGAAAAUGUGUUUUUGAAGCAGGAAAACAAGAGCUUGACUGCCUUGUACAACAAUGCUUUGGUAGAGAAUCGUUGUAUGAAUGACAGACUAUUUACUGAUGAGAUCACCAUAGAUAACCUACAGAAGCAGUUAAUAAAUUAUAAUAAAUUAGUGGAAGAAUUGAACAUAGUGCGUGAAGAACGAGAUCUGGCAAAAAAUCAUGGACAAAGAGAGAAGCAAAGGAUGAAAGAUGCAUUGAAGAAUAAACUACGUGACGAAUCGGAAAGAUUACGAAAUGAGAUGAUGAAAUGUCUUCAUGAACGUGAAAAGAAUCUUAAGUACAGGACAUAUCAAGCACAAGUUCAUGCACUGAAAGAAGCUUUAAAUGUUGAUGAUGUCAUACCUGCAUUCUCAAGCCAAUCACAAGAAUUUGAUCAAGAUCACGGUAAUGCACCACUUAGCACCAGCACUCCAAAAGGUAUUUCCUCUACUACAUCUAAACAGAAUCCUCCUCCUGCAAGUGAAGAUUCCAACCAUCAUGGCCCAACAGCAUGUGACCUUCGGUACCACCAGUCUUUGGUUGACAAUCAUAGUGCUUGGUUAAAUCAUUGCCCAAAACAGCUGGUGCCAAUGGGAACAGCACUUCAGCCAGCACUGAAGAAUCUGAAACCUUUGACCAAACUGAAGAGCACGCAUUUCAAGAAGGAUACUAUCACAAAUUACUGCCUAUCAACACAAGCUGCAGAUGGUCAUGGAGGAAUGGAAACUAAAAUUUAUAAGGGUGCUGUAUUGCCAACAGCUGGAGGGGGAUCCCAGAUUGUUCUUCAAAAUGUGGAAGUUCAUACUCAGCAGGACCUUCUUGAAGCUGUUGCAAAUAAAAAGCCUUCAGAAGAAACUAAAAGAAUCCCAAGUGAAGAUACACAUGAAUGUUGCACUGCUGGCAUUCAGCCAUAAAAGUGCUCUGCUGCAUUCAUCACAUAAGUGUUCACCUUUCUAGUUUACCAGGUCGUGGUAUUUUGUUUGUGGAGAAAUAUUUGUUGAAGGAACUUUAAUUAAUUUUAAUCAAAAGCUUUUAUGAUUUGUGUUUAUUUAUUUAUAUUUUAGUCAUAUUUUAAUAUUUUUGUUACAUUUGAAGCAUUUCAUGCUCAUUCUGCAGGGUGUAAAAAUUAUGCAUAAUACAUUAAUGUCAUCGUUACCCUAUUUCCUGUUGUAAGGUACGGCUUGUAAGCUGUACAACUAACAAAACCAGUUCUUACUUUCAUAUAAAUAAUGUGCAGCUAUUCAUUAUUUACACAAAUUUCAUGCCGAGUUCCCUCUGCAUCACCACCGCCAUAACUUCUAUCACUGUUGACUCUUGCCAGUCUUCCUUCAUAUACCAAUAAAACUUUGACCUACUGUACCUUACAUGAAUUUCUCUCAUUCUCUAGAAGAAAAUCUGCAUACAACAAAUUUAGUAUAGAGUACAGUACUAUAUUUGCUCCAGGUGAAUAAUGGGGUCACAUCUUUUUUUAAUAGUGUAUCUUCAGUGAAUAUGUGUUCUUGUGCAGUAAUCUUACUCAUCUCACACUAGCAGAUCCUCUUGUUUUCACAUUUAAUUUCUUUCACAUUUUGCAACCCAUAAUACAAUAAAGUUAUUUUUCAUUUGAGAUUAUAUUUUUUAAUAUAAUAAUUUUGUUGAUAAGGCAGCUGUACAAUGAGGAUAUCCUAGGGCAGGGUUGGGUAGUCUUUUCAAGUGUGACAAAAUUGCCAAAUCUUUGAUGCAUAAUUUUCUCAUGUGCCAACCGAAAAUUUGUGGGAACACAUUAGUUUGUCUUUUAAGUACAGUACAAUGGGAUCUCAGUAAUCAGACUUAAUUGAUUCCUGAAGACCAAUUGAGUUCUGAUCUGUUCGAGUACUGAAUGAUUUUUUUCCCAUAAGUAGUAAUGUAAAUUGGAUUAAUCCAUUACAAACCACAAUAAUACAUAUUUGAAUGUUAAAUAAGAUGCAAAUUUGUUCUCACUUCACCUGCACAUAGGAGAGUUGAUGGCAUAUGUGUAAUGUGGUGAAGAGGAGGAGGAGAGAUGAUGAUUGGCAGGGAAGUCCCCCUACUGGGAAUUGUCUGGAUUUUUUUUUUUU